AUGGCGGUCCUGAACCUACCUCGAGAUAUCGAGAUGGACAUACUCGCAAGACUUCCGGUUGAAACACUAGUGCGUUUCAGUUGUUUCUUGAAUGGAGCUUUACAUUGGCUAGUGAAACCCAGGGUGAUUGCUUGUUUUGAUUUAUCAAAGGAGGUGUUUAGUGAGAUGUCCCUAGAUGGUAUUCGGGGUGGAAAUGAAAUAGAUUUGUCGUUUCGCAAAUUGGGUGUUUUAGAAGAAUGUUUGUAUGCAGUGUCUCUCUCAAAUGGUGUUAAUGGACGUUUGGUUGAGGUGUGGUUGAUGAAGGAAUAUGGCGUGAAGGCAUCUUGGAGCAAGUUUAUCACCAUCCCAUGUGACGUGGGAACUAUUUGCUUCACCCCAUUGUGUUUCUUGAGGAAUGGUGAACUUCUACUGAAGAUUGAUGGAUCAAACUCGGGAUUGUAUGUUGAUCAAUCAAAAUUAGGAUCGUACAAUACUGAAGAAAAUACAUUUACUAAAAUUUGUGAUUGUCCCAGUUUUAAUGAAGCGUUUUUGUAUAUGGAGAGUCUGGUUUCACCCAAGAGCUUUCAUGGGGGCCGUUCAUGUGGGAUGGACUCUGUGAUGAUGGUGUUGAAGUGUUUUUGUUUAUGCUGA